AAAAAAGCUUAUGUUAUCUAUGGACUGUUACAUCACUUCAUCGAAUUCGGAAUUUGAGAUUUAAUUUUCCGAUUGCAUUCUGGUUUUCUACUGUGCAUUUCCAUUUUCAAAAGCUCAUAAAAAAAAACAAACAAAAUGAGCGCCUGGAGACAAGCAGGUCUUAAUUACAUAAACUACUCCAACAUUGCUGCUAAAAUUUUGCGGCGAUCUUUAAAGCCAGAAUUACGAACAGAGGCAUUACGGCGAGAUGAUUCUCACGUUCGUAUCACACCGUGGACUGACGGCAGGCCAGCACAUGAAAAGGAUUAAGUUAUUAUUUAAAAAGCAAAGCUGCCUAGAUGAUUACAAUUUUUGAAAAUUCAAGAAAAUCGAGCAUGAAUUAUUUAAUUGUAUAAUAGCCUUACUGUAAUAAAAAUAUACUAAAAAACAAUGUUGUUUAUUGUUAUAAUGUAAACUAAACCACAAUUAGUUUUUUAUUAAUUUAGUUUUUCGGUAUAAAAUUUUAUAUUACUUUUAACCUGUUUUAUAAUAAAUUAAGAAGUGACAAGAAAUUGUAAAACCACACAGUUGUGAUACAGUAGUAUUGCUUCUAUAUCUUACAGGUCACAAAAAAACCAUUAUAAAUAUGUUUAUCUAGUUUUGCUACAUUUCAAAUUUAUCUUAAUUUCCAAAAUAUAUACCUUAUAUGUUUGUCAGCGAUAAAUUCAAGUGAUAUUAUUUGGUGUAACAAAUAAAUACCACAUUAGUAAAAA